AUGGCAGAUGAAGUCGCUUCACAAUGUCUAUUUGGUGUUGGCAAUACAUACCUCGAAGGAACUCCAACGUCUUUGUCAUUUCCUAUUGUUUGCGACGGUUUUAUCGAAGUUAAUAAACAUAUGUUUGCCGACGUCAUGUAUUGGAAUGAUAAUAAAACCGAACUUGUGACGGAUGAAACUCAUUGUGAGGAAUGGCCGUGUAAUAAUAUUUAUACUCGUUGCGAUGGAUUCUGGAAUUGUCAAGAUGGUAAUGAUGAAUUGAAUUGUCCUUUAUUGAACCCAUGUUCACCAGACGGGUUCGAAUGUCUAUCACCUGAAACAUUUAAAAUUACUUGCUUACCAGCAUUCAAAGCCGGAGGUAAUCAUACAGAUUGUAUUGGUGGAACUGACGAACGAUUUUAUUGUCGAAAUAAACGCAACACCAUCUUUUCUCCGAUGAAGUUAGAUAGAAACGAAGCCUGGUUCUGUAAUCGAGGAAUUCCAUUUUUCUUCGGCGAACGAAAGUUAACCGAUGAAAACAUACGAUGUUUAUGUCCUGCUAGUUAUUAUGGUAAUCGUUGUCAAUUUCAAGCUCAACGUGUAGAUAUACUAUUUCGUUUUCGUACAUUUGAUUUUCGCAUGGUCUUUGAAUUCGUCAUUAUGUUGAUAGAUAAUACAUCUCAAAUUCAUUCAUUUGCUCAGAGAGAAUUACUACCAAUGCGUGAUUGUAACCUUCGAGUUGAUGUUACAUUAUCUUAUUCACAACGUCCAAAAGACAACUCACUAUCAUAUGUGAUCCGAAUAGAUACAUUCAACAAAUUGACAUUGGAAUAUCACGCUAGUUGGUUAUUUCCGAUACAGAUUUCAGUUUUGCCUGUAUAUCGUAUAUCUACAAUUCUUUCACUACUCAAUAGACCAGCUACUAUUGCUGAAUAUUCCACUUUUGGUUGUGUACAUGGUGAUUGUGUGUUAGCAGUUAAUACACGAGAAUCUUUUUAUCGUUGUUCUGCAAGUUGGUCGGGAGUCGAUUGUAAUAAAAGAAUUGAUUCUUGCAAUUGUGCACCAAGAACUCAUUGCAUUGGUUCGUCAAAUAAUCGUUCUAUUUGUGUAUGUCCUCUACCAAUGUUUGGUUCUCGAUGUUACCUUAAACGAUCUUCAUGUAACCCGAAUCCUUAUGAAAACGAAGGCAUUUGUGUACCAACAGAUGUCCGAAUAUCUGAAAACAAUUUCACGUGUCUAUGUCAAGGAGGAUUCACAGGAAUUCGAUGCAAAUAUCGUCAAUCUUUUAUUGAAAUCUCUUUUUCAAAAGCAAAUUAUGUUCCUGAUUCAUUUUAUGUUCAUUUUAUUACUGUGUUGCAUGAUAAUGAUCCAAUACGCGCAAUUGUGACAAAGAAGAUUGCUUAUGAUCAAGAUUCGGUUGUCAUUGGCAUGUCAGAUGAAUUUCAUCUGGCUUUUAUUGAUAUCAACAAAAUUUAUUAUUUAGGUGUCAUUCAAACAGAUUAUAUUUCAUCAAAAUAUUAUAAAGUAUUUAUUGAAGACUCAAAUCAAUGUCCAUCUAUUAAUGAAUUUUUGAAUUCAACAAUUUUAAAAUUUGAGAUUCUUCGCCGUAUUAAAUAUUUUCAAAGACCAUGGCGAGAACGGGUAACAUUGCAAUGUUUUCAUGAUCGUGAAUAUAUGUGUUUGUGUACGAAUGAGCGACAUGCUAAUUGUUUUCAAUUUAAUCAUACGAUGAAAUAUACAUGUCAACAAUCAACCUAUUGUCACAAUGAUGGAUAA